GUGGCGUGGCGACGGAGGGGGGAAUGUUGGAGGGGUGCACGAUCACAUUUGGUGAUAAGCGGUUCAGGGAAAACGCUUCGCUCCCGGACGUGGAUUCCUUUCGAUUCGCUCCCGGACGUGGAUUUCUUUCGAUUCGCGGUGUGCACGUCCAGACGGUGUAGCGCUUGUGCAUUGGCCGGUCUGCGCCGCUCGUCUGCCAUAUGCUGGUCGCAGCGGGUGGCGCUCACACCGUCUUGUUGUGGAGCGACGGGACAGCCGCGGCCUGCGGCCGCAAUGACGACGGGCGGUGUGACGUCCCGGCGCUGAGCGGAGGCCUGACUUACACGCAGGUCGCUGCGGGUGGCGCUCACACAGUGUUGCUGAGGAGCGACGGGGCAACUACGGCCUGUGGUGGGAACGCCGACGGGCAGUGCCGCGUCCCAGCGCUGGGCGAAGGCCUGACUUACAUACAGGUCGCUGCUGGUGGUGCUCACACCGUGCUACUGAAGAGCGACGGGGCAGUAGCGGCCUGUGGCUGGAAUUCUCAUGGGCAGUGCGACGUCCCAGCGCUGAGCGGAGGCCUGACUUACACGCAGGUCGCUGCGGGUGGCGCUCACACCGUGCUGGUGAGGAGCGACGGGACAGUAGCGGCCUGCGGCCGCAACGAUUCCCGGUGGACGGACUGGUGGCCGUGGCGGCGCGCCCGCCUCCGCUACGCGACGUGCGCCCUGCCGCCGAGCGCCCUGCCCGUGCUGGUCCUGCAGGCGCUCUUCGACGGGGCCUCGGUGCAGUUUCUGACCCUGGGCGGGGAGGAGUUCGACCGAGUCCCGGCGGGGCCCGCCGAGCGCCUGGCGGACGUGCGCGCCCGCCUGCGGGCCGGGCGCCUCGCCCGGCUGCUGGGCUCCACCUUCUCCGCGGCCGACGCCGUGCUGCCCGGGGGCGAGCUGCUGAGCCGAGCCCCCCCGGAGGAGACGUGCGCCGUCGCGUUCGCGCACGCGGACUACGGUCAGGAGGAGAA